GAAAGGUAUAAAAAUGUCACAGGUUGAAUGGAAUCUGUGGAGAUACAGCCAAGAUGAAGUUUCUGGUGCUUGCUCUGUUUGUCGCAGGAGCCUACGGGUGUGGGCUGCCUACUUUCCCCCCUGUGGUGUCGCGGGUGGUUGGAGGACAUGAUGUCAGGCCUCACAGCUGGCCCUGGCAGGUUUCCCUGCAGUACAACAGCGCGGGUGAGUGGAGACACACCUGUGGAGGCACUCUGAUCUCUGACCAGUGGGUCCUCACUGCUGCACACUGUAUCAGCUCCAGCAGGGAGUACAGAGUGGCACUGGGAAAGCACAACCUGUUAGAGACAGAGAAUGGCUCUGUGUUCGUCGGCACCUCUAACAUCAUUGUGCAUGAGGACUGGAACUCCUUUUUUAUUCGUAAUGACAUCGCCCUGAUCAAGCUCGAGUCCUCCGUUAACUUCUCUGAUACCGUCAUGGCUUCUUGUCUUCCCGAGGCCGAAUUUGUGCUCCCCAAUAAUGAAUCCUGCUACAUCACUGGGUGGGGUCGCCUGUUCACCGGUGGUCCCAUUGCUGACAUCCUGCAGCAGGCUCUCCUGCCAGUGGUGGACUACCCAACCUGCAGUCAGCCUGACUGGUGGGGUUCUCAGGUGAAGGAAACCAUGGUCUGUGCGGGUGGAGACGGAGUUGUGGCUGGCUGCAAUGGAGACUCUGGCGGUCCUCUGAACUGUAUGAACGCUGCUGGAGUCUGGGAGGUUCACGGUAUUGUCAGCUUUGGCUCUGGGCUCAGCUGCAACUACGCCAAGAAGCCCACUGUCUUUACCCGAGUCAGCUCUUACAUCGACUGGAUCAGCUCUAAAAUGGUGACCUAUUGAGAGAACAGCUUUGUGGGAUGAAGAACACUUUGUGCAAAUUCUGAAAUAAAGAAUAUAUACCCACAA